AUGGCGAGGCAUCUUCACGGCUCUAUCCGACGUGCCCUGACGGCUCCUACUGCUCGAUACUUCAGCUCUACAGCUUCUCCACUGCCUGAGGGUCUUUGCUAUAUAUCUAGUAUCCCACGGACGCCUUCCUGGUCGCUUAAGGAACUUCAUCAAGAGGGAACACAGCUCGAUACAGUGUUAACAGAAGAAAAGCUUCGUGAGCUGGCGGAGCUGUGUCAUCUGCACGUAGAGGACGAGAAGCUUCCGGGACUGCUCAAGGAUGUGGAGUCCAUUAUCCAGUGUACCAAGACCAUCCAGGUCAUGACUCUCAACGAGAACAUUGACAACGUAUACGCUAAUAGUGACUUCGACGCGGGCGUGGUAGCUCCUCUCAGGGACGACAUCGUUACCGAGGGUCACUGCGCAGAGAAGGUGUUGGCGAACGCUGCAGAGAAGUCUGGCUACUACUUCAAGGUCCCCAAAGUGCUGCAAGACUAG